AUGGAGUCCCGCUUCUUCGCCUUCUACCAGGUGUCCGCGCACGACAUCGUCACGCGUGCUGAGGCGGCACGAAGUGCCAAAGCUGGGAAGACCGGCCAUGGCGCCCCGACCGGCGGCAAUAUUGGCAACAUCGGCAAUAUUAGCGGCGGCGGCAUCGGCCCCGGCAGCAAUCACGGCACCAACAAGAAACAAUAUGUGGGCGCAGUCGGCGAGCGUGGCGCCUCAGAUGACGGCGCGCUGUUCGAAAAGGGCGGCAAGUGA